GCUUCAGAAACACUGUGUAUUGUGUAUAAAUGCAUUGUUUUUAGUUAACUUACUGCACUGUUCAAAUUUAGCUCUGUGUAGUCUCUUGAAUAUGUAAUAAUUGGUAUGCUUAUUGAUUGUUUAUACACGUGUUGAUAAGAUAAUUGGGGGCGGGGUCUCGGGGCCCGGAGAGUGUAGGAUUAUACAAAAAUGUUCAAAAGUAUACCUGAUGUGUCUGUCUGUACUGUAUAUGUGCGUCUUCCCCUUUAAUUUUAUGACUGCAGUGUGUUAAUCUUAACUUCCUGUCUUUGCACCUCCUCUUCCCUUUCUGAACUGGGUUUGCAGGGGAGAGUUCAGGAAAAUGACCGAGGCCAGUAUUUCAGUAGAUCAGGACCGGUUCAGCUGUCCAGUGUGUCUGGAUCUCCUGAAGGAUCCGGUGGCGAUCCCCUGUGGUCACAGUUUCUGUAAAGUGUGUAUUAAUGACUGCUGGGAUCAGGAGGAUCAGAAGGGCGUCUACAGCUGUCCUCAGUGCAGAGACACUUUCACUCCGAGGCCUGUUCUAUGCAGAAACAACAUGCCGGCUGAAGUGGUGGAGAAACUGAAGAAGACUGAACCUCAUCCUGAACAACCUGUUGGCUUAUCCUCAGAACCACAGAGCAGAGAAGAGUUUCUGAAAUAUUUCUGUGAUCUGACUCUGGAUCCCAACACGGCCCAUCGUUACCUCGUUCUGUCUGAGAAGAACAGAGUGGUGACGUAUACAGAGAGAAAGAAAUAUUACCCUGAUCAUCCAGAGAGGUUUGAUAACUGGUAUCAGGUGUUGUGUAAGGAGAGUGUGUGUGGACGCUGUUACUGGGAGGUGGAGUGGGAAAGUGAUCGAGGUGUGGCCAUAUCAGUGUCGUAUAAGGGAAUCAGCAGGAAAGGACGGGGUAGCGAGUCUGCCUUUGCACUUAACGAUCAGUCCUGGAGUCUGGAGUACUACUGUUCUUCUCUUACGUUCUUUCACAACAACGUUGAGACCGAUCUCGGAGUUCCACCGUCCUCCAGAAUAGGAGUGUAUGUGGAUCACAGCGCAGGAACUCUGUCCUUCUACAGCGUCUCUGACACGAUGAAGCUCCUCCACAGAGUCCACACCACAUUCACUCAGCCUCUGUACGCCGGGUUCGGGUUCUACCUCGGUGGUGGUCGUGCGUCAGGACCAACUAUGAGGCUGUGUGAUCCAGUGUAACUAGUCUGUGACGUUUUAUGGUCGGUGAUGAAUUGAUUCACAUUCCUGUACUGAGUCUUAACGGUGACACAAUUAACAUUAAAUCGUUAAAAGACUGGUUUCAG